AUGAAUACCCUUUCAGAUGCUGAUUUUUUCAAGAAAAUAGGAAACAUUCUUGAGGAUUCUCCACCUGAAGCAAUAAUCAAAGAUCCGGAAAUCUUGCAGCGAAUUCAAGAUUGCAUUUUAUCUUUCGAACCACUUGAAAAUCUUCAAGCAUUACAGUUUUUACGAGCAUGGUGCAGAAAAUUAGCGAUUAGAGUAAAAUUAGAAAAUGACAAUAGAAUAAAUCAUCAAAAUUCAUCAGAUUUAUCAAAAUCUUUCAAAAAUAUGAUUGAAAGGUUCACAACUACAUAUGCAAAUCUUACUAUUUCUCUCUUUAGAAAACCGCCAUUACUUCCAUUAGCAGUUUGUACAUGCAAGGAAUUAUUAUCCAUCACAAAUUCUUCACCAAGCGAUGAUAUUAUUGAAUACUGCCUAAUGAAUUUAUCAAAUAAAGACGUGAGAUUACAAUUACUUGGUAUUCUUGCAAAUUCUAAAACGGUUAUCGACGAAUUACCAGUUUACGACCCUGAAAUAGCAAUUCAACAUCCAUUUCUACAUAACCAACUAGUGAAUAUUUCUCCACCAGAAGUACAAGGAAAUAUAAAGACAAUUCGAAUGUUAUAUAAUCAAAUACAAAAGAUUAACCUCCAAGAAGGUAGACCAGACCGUAACUUACUAGAAUAUUGCGAUUUUGAAAAAAUCUUUGGAAUUGUAAGUAAUGAAAUUUUGGCUUCUCAUCCUUCGUUAAAAGUCCGAAAAGAUUUUUAUAAUCAAGUCAUUAAUUCACAAGUUAACGUUACAACUUUCUUAAAUUCACUUUUAACUUGCAAUAUUUUUGAUGUUUGUCUGAAAGAUUUUGCCAUCCAACUUGUCAAGGACCACAUUGACGAAAUUAUCAAACAAAACCUCACACAGACACAAAUUAUUUCUUUACAGAUGAUUCCUAUGUCCGAAGGCUCAGUAAUUUACACUGCACUGGAAGAUUAUUUCGAAAGAACCGACAAACUCACAGCCAUCAACGGAUGGUGCAGAUUCUUAUUCCAUAAAUCAGAAUGGAUACGUUCCCAGGCUUUAGAAAAGCUUAAUUCACUGUUAAACUUCAAAUUAGAUUACAAUCCUUCUCAAAUCUUCAUUGCAGAUACUUUAGCUAACGACUUUAUGACCAGACAGAAAUUGCCAGGCAAAAAGAACGACCCAGCAAUGAUUUCGAGCUUCAUUGAUACAAUUUUAAAUAAAGAUCAACAAGAAUUCAUCAAAACAACAGCAUCGAAACGUUUAGUCGAUAUGUAUAUGAAUCCUUACAACCAAGUACAACAAUACACAAAGAAAUUGAUGAAUCUUGAAUUUGAUAAGUAUCCGACAUUAAUUCAUGCUGUUUCAAUACGAGAUUCGAAUUUUCUAAUUGAUACAGAAGAGAGAAUAAUCGAUUUGCUCUCAAAAAUUAAUCAGCAAACAAUCAACGACUUAAUUCAAAUUUUGAUAAAAACCGUAUUUUCUCCAAUCAUAAAAAUAGAAAUUGAUGGAAGUUGCUUACUUAGAUUACCAAGAUAUUCAGAAAAUUUAUAUAAAAUUCCAACGGCUUGCGGUUUUUACGAUAAAGAAAUUUACAACGGAACCGAAAAAAUUCCAUUUUCUGAAACAAUUAAAGAAUGGUGUGAAUAUAAAAAUAAAAUUGAAAAACCGUUAACCGAUGAAAUCGAUUUGAGAACUUUGUCAAAAUUGUCAACGUCAAAUGUAAAAUUUGCCAUGGAUAUUGUUGAUCAGAUAAAAGACGAUAAAAAUUUAUUAGAAGAAAAAUUUUCAAAGCUCGGAAAAAUUCCCAACGUUUUACAUUUUUUGUUGAUAUUAGUAUUGAAUACAAAAACAUCAACAGAUUCAAUUUGUGAAUUUUGUUUUCAUCAUUUUUUGGAAUCCCCUGAAAUUGGAUUCAAAUUAGCUGAAGCUUUAACAGAAUUUGGAGGUUUUAUAGAACUUCCUGAUACAAUUAAUGAGCUAAUAGAGAAUGACGAGACAAGAAGAAGUGCUUUAGCUUUUGUUACUGCUAAAUUAAACAAGAAACAAGAGAUAAACAAAGUCAAUUUAGAAAAAAUUGAAAAUUUGUUGAAAAAUGAGAAUUUACCAACAAAUGUUUUGAGACAAGUUUUAACAAUUAUUUCUUCUUUCAAUGUAAGAAUUCCUGAAGCAUCUCUUUUCUUUAAUUCCAAAGAUCCAGUCAUUAAAUCGCUUUCUUUCCAUUUGGCUAAAAUCAACAAAGAAACAGCAAAUGAAUGUCUUAACAUCAUUUUUAAUGAUAAUGAAGCUGUCAUAACAAGAACAGUUUGUAUUAAUUUGUUGAGUGAAUAUUACCAAACGAAUGAACCAGAAUCAAACAAGUUUAUUGAUUUGUUUUAUCAUCAAAAAGGAGAAACAUCAUUUACAUUCUCUCUUUUAAAGUUACUUUGUGUUCCACGGAUAAGAGAACAAAUCACAAUUUAUGAAGAUUUUAUUUUGGAGUUUUUGGAUUCAAAAGCUACAGAAAGAUUCACAAAAACAGCAUUGUAUUCUCUUAAUUCUCAUGAAAUACAAAACACACAAAUAAUUACUUUGCUUGGUAAUUUAAUUAAUGAUGACAGAUAUACAAACAUUGUUUUACAUCUGUUAACAACUUUUUCUGAAAAAACUUUAGCAUUAUUUACAUCAGAAAUGAUCUUUUAUAUAACAGAUGCUCUUCAACAGUUUGACAUUAAUUUAUGUUUGAUAUCCAUCAAUAAAUUGAUGAAUGCGAAUGUUGCAUUUCCAGAUCAAUCAAUGAUCCAUGUUUUGACGCUUUAUAAAGCAAUUGUUGAACGAAGAAGUCACUCUGAAUUACUAAGAACUGUUAUGAAACAAAUUUUCUUUGUUUCAAAAAGCGCAAGAAAUAUUGCUUUGAAGAAUGGCUUCUUACAAAUUUGUUUGUGUGAAAUGUUGUAUGCUCCAAGUGAACAUUUCUACGACAUCAUUAAAAUGGUCUCUGUAUUGAUCUACAACUACAAGAAAGGACAAGAUUACAUUCUCAAAGUUUGGGAUUUGAAGACUUUGCAUUCUCUAUUUACUGUUAAUCCUGUUAUUCUAAACUUCUUCUUGUGCUAUGCAAAACAGAAUGAAAAGACUCAACAAUCAUUCUCUCAAGUCUACAACAACACAACACUGUUGGAUACAAUACUUGAGUCUAUAGAAACAGCCAAAAAACCAUCAAACAUCUAUUUACUUUUAGAACUAUUUUCAAACAUUUUGAACGGAAAAAGCGUUCGAAACAGAUUAUACAUUAACCAAAGAUUGAUACCUCAUUAUGUUCAACUUGUUCAAAAAUACGCAAUGGAAAAGAAAGUUGGUCCAUUGGAAGGCUGGUUGAGAGUUUUCAUUAUGUUGACUUUGCAUCCAGAUGGAGUUGAUAAGUUGUACGAAUUCACAAGAGUUCCUGAACUUUUGUUUGUUUUCUUUAAGAGCUGCGCAGAAAUCAGAAACAACAGAAUAUUCUUAACAUUCUUAAGGAAUCUAAUGAACGAUCGCAAACAUUGGAAUUCAGUAAAAGAUUCUAUUAUCAGAGAAUGCCAAGAUAACCAAGAGACCGAACUUAUCAAAAUAUUUGAAAGUCUUUGCGCCGCUGCUAAAAACAAAGCAGAAGAUUAG